AUUAUUUUCGUCAAGACACAGGCCCACGGCCCAAUAUAAUCUCGGCCCACGGCCCAAUAAUUCAGGCCUUUAGGGUAAAUGCUAUUACCUUUUGGCGGGAGUUUUUGGGAUUUGAUGGCACCAAAUUUUUUUUGCGAAAAUGAUCAAAUCAAUAUUUCGAGAAAUCUGAAAUUCGAAGGAUCAAAAAAACCCCUUUCGUCGGAGAAAGUGGAGAGAGAGAAUCAUCGAAUCGUUCAUGGGUCGAUUAGAUUUAGCAGCGGCGAAGAGAGCUUACCGGACAGCGACGGAAGUGGGUAACCGGAGCGAAGAGGCGAGAUGGGCCAAUAACGUCGGCGAUAUCCUCAAAAACGAAGGAGAGUACGUGGAGGCUCUCAAAUGGUUCCGAAUCGAUUACGACAUCUCCGUCAAAUAUCUGCCUGGGAAGGAUCUGUUGCCUACGUGUCAGUCUCUCGGCGAGAUCUAUCUCCGUCUCCAGGAUUUCGAAGAAGCCUUGAUCUAUCAGAAGAAGCAUUUGCAGUUAGCUGAAGAGAACAACGACACCGUGGAGAAGCAACGAGCUUGUACUCAGCUCGGCCGUACCUACCAUGAGAUCUUCUUGAAAUCUGAGGAUGACUGCGACGCGAUUCAGAGUGCUAAGAAGUACUUCAAGAAAGCCAUGGAGCUUGCACAGGCUCUCAAGGAGAAACCGCCUCCUGGAGAAUCUGGAAGCUUUCUUGAGGAGUAUAUCAACGCGCAUAACAACAUUGGUAUGCUUGACCUUGAUCUUGAUAAUCCCGAUGCUGCUUGUAAGAUUCUCAUGAAAGGAUUGAAGAUCUGCGACGAAGAGGAGGUUAAGGAGUAUGAUGCUAUACGUAGUAGGCUUCAUCAUAACCUUGGGAACGUUUAUCUAGAGCUGAGGAGUUGGAAAGAGGCGAAAGAGCAUAUUAAGAUGGAUAUCAAGAUCUGCCAUCAGAUAAGUCAUUGCCAAGGAGAAGCGAAGGGGUAUAUCAACCUCGCUGAGUUGCACAACAGGACGCAAAACUACGGGGAUGCGCUUAUGUGUUAUGGGAAAGCUUCUACUCUAGCGAAAUCUAUGCAAGACGAGAGUGCGUUGGUUGAACAGAUAGAGCAUAAUAUCAAGAUUGUGAAGAAAGCUGUUAAAGUUAUGGAAGAGAUGAGGGAAGAAGAGCGUAGGCUUAGGAAGUUGUCUGCUGAAAUGGCUGAUGCCAAAGGCACUUCGGAGGAACGAAAGUCUAUGCUUCAAGUGCACGCGUGUCUUGAACGUCUCAUUGAAAAAUCCAGCAUAGUAUUUGCAUGGGAUAAGCAUCUUGAAUAUUCAAAAAGGAAGAAGAAAAUAUCAGCGGAACUCUGUGACAAGGAAAAGAUGAGUGAUGCCUACUUGGUUGUUGGAGAGUCCUACCAAAAGCUUAGAAAAUUCAGAAAAUCCCUGAAGUGGGUCGGAAGAAGUUAUGAGGGAUACAAAGCAAUUAGUAAUUUCGAGGGUCAAGCAUUGGCGAAAAUUAAUAUAGGUGAUGGUUUGGACUGUAUUGGUGAAUGGACACAAGCACUCAAAGAAUUUGAAAAGGGAUACAGAAUUGCUUUGAAAGCCAAUCUUCCUUCAGUUCAGCUUUCUGCACUGGAACAUAUGCAUUAUAGCCAUAUGAUCAGAUUUGGGAAUGCUAAGGAAGCCAGGGAGUUGAAGGAAAAAAUACAAAAUCUGGAGUCAGAGCAUGGUGAGAGAGCAGAAUAUGGUACAGAAGAUGAAUGCUCUGAAACCGACUCAGAAGGGCAUGGGAACAUUUCAAAUGAUAGGCCAAAUGCAUGUAGUUCGCCAGAUCUCCAAACAUCAAAUUCACCUGAAUCAGAAUCGUUGGCAGAUUUGGAUGAAACAAAUGAUGACGUGCCACUAAUUUCAUUUCUCCAGCCUGGGAGACGUCUUUCCAAAAGGAAACAGUUUUCAGGUAAACAAGAUGUUGAGCCUGAUCAGGCCAAGAAAGAUUUCUCUGCACCAGCAGACUCUCAGCAGACAGUCUCUGGCCGGAAGCGUAUUCGUGUAAUCCUCUCUGACGAUGAAAGUGAAACCGAAUAUGAGUUGGGAUGCCCCAGAGGCAGUUUUCACAAAGUUACAAGUCAGCGUAAGGAAGUCUCUGAUGAAAGUAUGUAUUUUGAUGGCGCUGUUAAUUGUACGGAUAAUCCUGCUAUUCAAGACCAUGUAGAAGAAGGUUCUUGCUCGUUUACGUCUCUCCGUCCCACUAAAGUUGCUCCAGAUGCCAACAAUUGCAGACCUCUGACCAAUACUAUAGCUGUUGAACCAACUGGUUGCGGUAUAAAAGGAUCUCAAUGUGAAGCUGGCGAAUCCAACAGCACGCAAUGCAAACAUGGAUCUGCUCUCGUGAACUUCCACACUUAUUCCAAGACAGAUGAUCAAAAAAUUCAAAUUGAAAUUGAAAAUGUACACAUGGCUUUAGACUCGUGUUCUGGCAAUGAUGAGUCUGUGAAGGUGGAACUUACUUGCUUGUACUAUUUACAGCUUCCUGAUGACGAGAAAUCUAAAGGUCUGUUGCCUAUCAUUCAUCAUUUGGAGUAUGGUGGUAGAGUUCUGAAACCAUCGGAUUUAUAUGAGGUUCUCUCGGGCUCUUCUGAACACGUUGUUAUUGAAGCUUCCGUUAGUGGCUGGGUUCACAAGCGUCUGAUGAAACUAUACAUGGACUGUUGCCAAAAUUUGUCAGAGAAACCCAGUAUAAAAUUGCUUAAGAAGUUAUAUAUUUCGGAGGUAGAGGAUGAUAUCAGUGUGUCAGAAUGUGAACUGCAAGAUGUAUCAGCUGCUCCUUUAUUGCGUGCCCUCGAUGUGCAUAACACAGUGGCAAUGUUGGAUCUCUCCCACAAUAUGCUAGGGAAUGGAACAAUGGAGAAACUGAAACAACUUUUUGCCUCAUCAAACCAGAUGUAUGGUGCUUUAACUUUGGAUUUGCACUGCAAUCGAUUUGGUCCAACUGCUUUGUUUCAGAUCUGUGAAUGCCCUGUUCUGUUCACUCGGCUGGAAGUCCUCAAUGUGUCCAGUAAUCGACUUACUGAUGCUUGUGGAUCAUACCUCUCAACCAUCUUGAAAAACUGCCGGGCACUUUACAGCUUGAAUGUGGAACAUUGUUCACUCACAUCUAGAACAAUCCAAAAGAUUGCUGAUGCUUUGGAUCCGGAGUCGGGACUUUCACAACUCUAUAUAGGUUAUAAUAAUCCUAUUUCAGGGAGUGCUAUUCAAAACCUCUUGGCUAAAAUAGCUACUCUAAGCAGCUUUACAGAACUGAGCAUGAAUGGCAUAAAGCUGAGCAGCCAAGUUGUUAGUAGCCUUUCCGCACUUGUUAAGACUCCAUCUUUAUCAAAACUUUUGGUUGGCAGCAGUGGCAUAGGAACGGACGGAGCUAUCAAAAUCACUGAAUCACUAUGUUAUCAAAAGGAAGAAACUGUGAAGCUCGACCUUUCAUGUUGUGGACUAGCAUCUCCUUUCUUUCUUAAGCUCAUCCAAGAUGUUACUCUAACUUCUUGCAUUCUUGAGCUCAAUGUCGGAGGAACUCUAAUCACUGAAGAGGGAGUCAGUGCACUGGGGAUGCUGCUUGCGAAUCCUUGUUCAAACAUAAAAGUUCUGGUUUUAAACAAGUGUCAUCUGAAGCUCUCUGGAAUUCUUUGCAUAAUUCAAGCACUUUCAGAUAAUAAGAAUCUCGAAGAGCUUAAUAUCUCUGAGAAUGCUAAAAUGGAUGAGACUCUGUUUGGCGAGCCUGUGAGUGGAAGCUCAGAAAUGGAACAGAAAGAACAUGGUACAUGUGAAUCCAUCACCGUAAUGGACAAAACUCACAGUGAACAUUGGCAGAACCAAGACAAAGAACAAGAGUUAUGUGAAGCCAAUAUGGAGUGUGGUGAUGGUCUUGAAGUUGCAGACAGCGAAGAUGAGCAAAUAGAGGAACAAACUGCAACGUCGAGUAGUCUUAGUUUACCACGCAAGACCCAUAUUAUCAAAGAGCUUUCGACCGCGCUUGCAGUGGCUAACCAAUUGCAGAUUCUAGAUCUAAGCCACAAUGGGUUGUCAGUUGAAGCCUUGGAAACAUUAUACAUGGCAUGGUCAUCAUCAGAAUCGCGAACUGGCAUAGCCCAAAGGCAUGUGAAAGAUGAGAUUGUCCAUUUUUACGUUGAAGGGAAGAUGUGUUGUGGAGUCAAACCAUGCUGCAGAAAGGAUUAAACAUAUUCCUCUGCUUAUACAAAGUCUCCCAUUGUUCUUGUGGUGCAAAAGCUUUGUUAAGAGUUAAAGAUCUAAAUUAUCACCUUGUUUUAAUUUUUGAUAAAUAUUGUAAAAUUAAGAAAAAUGUGGUGAAUAUUAAAAGUGAUAUGAUAAUGAAAAUUUGAGAAGGUACAUUUACAUA